AUGAAGUGGGCCACGCUGCGGACGCUCGUUAUGUUGGUGCUGGGAAUGCGCUACCGGUGUGCCUUAGGUUUCCCGGUGUACGACUUCGACCCUUCCUCCCUGCAGGAAGCCCUCAAGGCCUCAGUGGCAAAGGUGAACUCUCAGUCCCUGAGUCCUUACCUGUUUCAGGAGACCCGGAGCUCCCUGAAAAGAGUCAACGUCCUGGAUGAAGACACCUUGGUCAUGAACUUGGAGUUCAGUGUUCAGGAAACUACAUGCCUGAGAGACUCUGGUGAUCCCUCCUCCUGUACAUUCCGAAGGGGCUACUAUGUGCCCACAGCUGCUUGCAGGAGCACCGUGCAGAUGUCCAAGGGACAGGUGCAGGAUGUGUGGGCUCACUGCCGCUGGGCCUCCGCAUCUGAUUCCGACAGCAGUGAGGAGAUGACUUUUGGGGACAUGGCAAGAUCCUACAGACGGAGAAAUGAUUAUCUGCUUGGUUUUCUUUCUGAUGAGUCCAGAAGCGAACGAUUCCAGGACCGGUCACUCGAGAUGGUGAGAAGGGGACAUCCUCUUGCAUAUAGAAGGUUCCAGAACCUCCAUCAUAGAGCAAGAAUAAAUUCUGGCUUCGAGUGA